AUGUCCAAUACAUCAACCUUUUUUACGGAUGAUGACACAUUUUUAUCAACAAAGAACAAGUCAGGUGCCUCCGUAUCUCCUCAUAAGCAGUUCUCACCAUUACGUGAAACCGAACCUGUUUCAAGUGAAAACCAAAACGAACACGGCUCUUUCGCCGGUAACGUGACCUUGCCAAACAUCAAGAUUGGUACUUCCACAGUAAAUAUGGACUCCAAUGACAUAUCUCCAUAUACUCCGAUUAAAUCACUCAUUGAGUCUCCAUUUAGGAUGUCAAAUCAUUCACGUAAAAUAACAGCAAGCCUUGGUACCCCAAAGUAUGAUCCGUUGGCCAUCAAUGCCGACCAACUCCUGAAAAUGAAGAUAAGGGCACACCAGGAAAACUAUCACGACAAAAUCAAUAGCUUGAGAGCAAACAGUAUAUCCAACGAAAUAAAUAGAGAUACUUAUUUGCAUUCUGCAUUUAAACCAAGGAGGACAAUAAGCUCGUUUUCUUCCUCAAAUGAGAAAAAUGUCGGUAGUUCUUUGUCCUCAAAGAAAGAAGAUACUGCCGAAAUUCAUAAUGCCCAUUCGUCCAUUAACGACAUGUCUAAUCCAUAUGUUGUCCAAGCCCUUGGCAGAAUGGUCAAUAAAGAAUUGGAACUGAGAAAGUUGUUGGUUGCAACACUUUCCUUUCUCGUAUACAGGCUUUUGCGAUCGAUUAUUAGACUGUUCUUUUACACAAGCCCCUGGAUUAACAACACUACAGCGUCAUUAUCUAAGUACCUGAUGUCUUUAACCAACCAAACAAAUACUCCCUUUCUGAAAAGCUUACUUUCCGCCCUUGCACAAUUGGUAUCUUUUGAAAGCUUCUUAGCAAUUGGAACUUACAUUGAGUACAUAUUGUCUCUCACUCUUCUUUCAGUUAUUACCUCAUCGGCUUACAGAUUACUAAAGCCACAGGAUAAAUGUCUUGACUUACCAUUGACAAAAGCACAGAGGAAGAUCCUCGGUUUAGGUGAUGACACAUCUGUUUCAGAUGAAGAUGACGAAGAUGGAGAUAGUGAUGCUGUUCUCAAGCAAAUAUUGACAUCUUCUCCUCAAAGACACGAGAAGCCAGCUAGAGUUGUUGUACCGGACCCAAAUUCAAUGGAAGACGUUAUGGGGUCCCUCAACAGCCUUGCUAUUGGAAAUAAAUUCAAUUCGAGAAGUUAUACAAACAAAAAUGAUAUCGGUAAUUUGACGUGGAGUGCAGGUGCAUCUCAGAAGGCUACUCUUUCAACAAGUGAAGCUAACCUUGAAAAUUUGAGAAAGAGAUUAAGUUCUAGGAACAAUUACACAGAUCGUCAUGUAGGUAAAGAUAUAUUACAACCAAGUGGAAAAUAUAUGUAUGAAGUCAGCAACGAGAUUAGAAAAUCUAAGAAUAAUUUGUACUAA